AUGGCAAAUUACAGUUUGGAGAAUAUGGAUAAAUUCAUUAUCAAUACAGGCAAUAUUUUGUCCAUAAAGGACAUCACCAAAAAGCCCAAUCAAAAUUUAUCUGAAGAGUUGGCUGAUGCCAUCAAUUUUACUUUCAAAGAAUUCCAAUCUAAUGGCACUUCACAACCUCAGUCUGACCAGUUAUUGGUAGUGAAUAGACACAAUGACAACUUGAAGAUAGAUGAACAUGAUCUUGCAGACUUGAAAAUUGGAUUCAAAAUUUUCUUGAACAAGGAUAACCAAGCCUCUUUAGCUGAAGCUGUUCAACAAGCUUUGUCAAUGUUGAAUGUAGAUGGAAUUAAUGACGUGAUCAUAACUUUCAAACAGCAGCAUUCCGAGGACAAAAAAGAUAAUUUGGAACAGAUACAGAAUGCAUGGAGGAUACUAGAAAGUUUAGUUGAAAGUGACAAAAUCAAGGAAAUAGGAAUUGCCGAUGUUGAGGAAAAUACAUUCAGAGCACUACAUCAAUGGGCGAACGUGAAACCCAAUAUUAUACAAAUAAAUCUUGCCACUUGUUGCGUUGUACCGCCGUCCCUACAGGAUUUCUGCAAGGAUAAUGAUAUAAAGCUACUUACACAUAGUGAUCCAAGUGAUAUAUUACCAAAAUCUUACAUUGAAGAGAUAUUUGGGAAACCCCUAGUUCUCAAGUGGGCACUACGUUUUUUAAUUCAUGUCAAGUGUCGAGGAGUACUUACAACUAAGGGAUAUUUGUUGCAUUUUUCAGAAGUAUAG